CCGCGCGCGUCCCCGGCCGCUGCGGGUGCCAAGGCUGAAGAGAAAAGACGGCGAGGUGGCCGGGGCUGCGGCCAGCGAGUGCUGCCGUUGGAAGGAGCUGAGCCUUUUCGAUUUUCUUACCUGAUUGCCUGGUGAGAGGAGUCUCCAGUUUGAAACACCAUGCUGGAUUAGGCAGAAUCUUCCAUGAAGAAUGAACAAGCAGUGGAAAAGAAAAUAUUGCAAACUGGCUAUCUCCUCGUGAAGAUGUUUUGUUUUUGUGGAAGGCAUCUGUGGAAUUUAUAAUAGAAAUGAUGGCUGGCUGUGGUGAAAUUGAUCACUCAAUAAACAUGCUUCCUACAAACAGGAAAGCAAAUGAGUCCUGUUCAAAUACUGCACCUUCUCUCACCGUCCCUGAAUGUGCCAUUUGUCUUCAAACUUGUGUUCACCCAGUCAGUCUGCCCUGUAAACAUGUUUUUUGCUAUCUGUGUGUAAAGGGAGCUUCAUGGCUUGGAAAAAGAUGUGCACUUUGCCGACAAGAAAUUCCUGAGGAUUUCCUUGACAAGCCAACCUUGCUAUCACCAGAGGAACUCAAGGCCGCAAGCAGAGGAAAUGGUGAAUACGCAUGGUAUUAUGAAGGAAGAAAUGGGUGGUGGCAGUAUGAUGAACGUACUAGUAGAGAACUGGAAGAUGCUUUUUCCAAAGGUAAAAAGAACACGGAAAUGUUAAUUGCUGGGUUUCUGUAUGUUGCUGAUCUUGAAAAUAUGGUUCAAUAUAGGAGAAAUGAACAUGGACGUCGCAGGAAGAUUAAGCGAGAUAUAAUAGAUAUACCAAAGAAGGGAGUAGCUGGACUUAGGCUGGACUGUGACACUAGCACCGUAAACCUAGCCAGAGAGAGCUCUGCUGAUGGAGCGGACAGCGUAGCAGCCCAGAGUGGAGCUUCUGUUCAGCCUCUAGCGUCGUCUUCCGCAAGGCCCACAACUUCAGUAGAUGGGCCGUUAACAAGCCCUGCCACACCAUCUCCUGAUGCAAGCACUUCUUUGGAAGACUCUUUUGCUCAUUUACAGCUCAGUGGCGACAGCAUAGCUGAAAGGAGUCACAGAGGGGAAGGAGAAGAAGAUCAUGAAUCCCCAUCUUCAGGCAGGGUACCGGACACCUCCAUUGAAGAAACUGAAUCCGAUGCCAGUAGUGAUAGUGAGGAGGUUUCUGCAGUUAUUGCUCAGCACUCUUUGCCCCAACAAAGACUUAUGGUUCCUAAUGCAAACCAGACAGUAGCCGAUCGUCCAGUAGCAGGGGGUGGGACAGUGUCGGUCAGUGUCAGAUCUAGAAGGCCUGAUGGACAGUGCACAGUAACUGAAGUUUAAAUAAAAUCUUCAGCUCCUUGCUUAAGGUUGAAAUGGUUAUCUGUAAAUUUCUGCCCACAUAACAUUAUGCUCAUCCCUCGUAGUGCAUUUGGGGAGUUGGGGUGGGAUGGGGUAUGGGAAGGACAGCUCUGAAUUUAAAUGUCUAACCUGUCUGUUGAGAAAUUUAUUUAAUGUAAGGAGCUUGAGUGUUAAUAGUUGAGAGCUGUUUAGUAAUAACUGAGUUAUCUUGAGGUCUGUUUUUAGAUGUAUGUGCUUUCUUUCUUUCUUUCUUUCUUUCUUUCUUUCUUUUUUUAAGUUUUAGGUUUUGUUUUUUGGCCAGUGUGUGUAUUAACUGUGCAUUAAUGGUCGUCAUCUGAUUCGUUUAUUUUUCUGCAUGGAUUGGCAUCAAACUAUUACUAAAAUUUGGCACCAUGAGAUGUUUGAUAUGAUGAGCAGGAAACUGAAUAUGAGAGUAGAUACGAAUUUGGAACUUUAAAAUAGAUGAAUAACAGCCAUUUUAUAGUAAAGUUACUGAAAAAUGGAAAUGUAAAAUAAAGCUAAUCACUUAUGUUUCAUAAUCUUUGUAACACAUUUUAUGGCAUUUAUUCCCAUAAGCUUUGUUGUCUAGUCUUUGUAGUUUGAAAUUUCUCUUGUUCUGCAUUUUUCUUUUUAAUUAUAAGACUUAUAAUUUAAUAAAUACUAGAAUUUA